GCUGUCUGGAAUCAGGAGUGUCACUUGAGAUAGGAUUUAGGAUAGUAGGACUUUGCGUUUUUUACAAAGGGAACAGCUUAAAUAAUCAAAAAGAGUGCAGGAAGAGCUUUCAAGUGGCCGUUGAGUGGAUUGAAAUUUCGAGCCUGUACAAUCUGGAUGGGCUGAAGGGCCACACUGUGCGUUGGAGUGUUCCAUUGUUGUCGUCCUGCCGAGAUGGGCGUGGUGUUUUCCAGCCGGACCUUCACCUAAGACCUCGACUUGACGCUGCUCCUUCAGAUGGAAGUUUGCUGAAAAAGAGGGCACUGGUCGCUGGGUUUCGGGAAGGAGCAACACUUGUGAACCGAGCUUGCACCACCUCCCAAGACCACAACGUCGCAACACAGUGUGGAAGGAUGGAAGAUAUGGCUAGUCAUGGCUGUUAUUUGCUCAUCCUCAGCAUCAUGAUUGGGACAUUGCUUCAGUCAACACAGUCCAUUAGCUGGAAUACAGUGCCACGCAAAACUGUGCGACACAGUGCACUAAAGGGAGUGAAACACUUCUCCAAACCCAAUAUCUACAAUUACUCAACCCUGCGACUAGAUGAAGAUGAACAGAUUCUGUAUGUCGGUGCUCGAGAGGCAGUCUUUGCACUCUUAGUGCAUGAUGUUACCAAGGAGGUGAAAGAAGCGAUUGUUUGGGAUGCCCCUGUUGAGAAGAAAAUGGAGUGCGUUCAGAAGGGGAAGAACAAUCAGACUGACUGCUUCAAUUACAUUCGCUUCCUGCAGAACUUCAACAGUACUCACCUAUACAUCUGCGGGACCUAUGCCUUUCAGCCCAGAUGCACGUAUAUUGAGGUGCAAAAUUUCACUUUAAACCAAAUGGCCAUGGAAGAUGGGAAAGGCAAGUGCCCUUAUGACCCUGCAAAAAGUCACACUGGUCUGAUUGUGGAUGGGGAGUUAUAUUCUGCUACGCUGAAUAACUUCCUUGGCACAGAACCAGUUAUUUUGCGCAACUUGGGACCUCACUACUCAAUGAAGACAGAAUAUCUAGCGUCCUGGCUCAAUGAACCAAACUUUGUUGGCUCCGCAUAUGUCCAAGAAAGUGCCGACAGUGCGAUGGGGGAUGAUGAUAAGAUCUACUUUUUCUUCAGUGAGAGAGCAGUUGAGUACGACUGUUACAAAGAGCAGGUGGUGGCCAGGGUUGCUCGUGUGUGCAAGGGUGAUAUGGGUGGGGCUCGAACUCUUCAGAAAAAAUGGACAACUUUCUUGAAGGCCCGCUUAUUGUGCUCAGUCCCUGAGCUACAGCUUCACUUCAACAAGAUCCAGACUACUUACACACUGAACGAUGUCACUUGGCAGAAGACUGUGUUCUUUGGUAUCUUCCAGGCACAAUGGGCUGAUGUGGACAUGUCUGCUGUCUGCCAGUACCGGAUUGAAGACAUUCAACGUGCCUUUGAUGGACCUUUCAAAGAAUACCGGGACCAGGCACAGAAAUGGGGCCGAUACUCUGACAAAGUGCCCAGUCCCCGGCCUGGAGCAUGCAUCACAAACAACCAUAGGGAGCUUGGUUAUAACACUUCACUCGAGUUGCCUGACAACACCCUUAACUUCGCAAAGAAGCAUCCACUGAUGGACGAUCUCGUUCAACCUGUCGGACAUCAACCUCUACUCAUCCAGAAAAACAUUAACUACACACAGAUUGUGGUGGACUGGGCAUUGGCUGUGAAUGGGAAUCAGUACAUAGUCCUCUUCAUUGGAACAGGUAGAGGAUGGCUGCACAAGGCUGUAAUGAUUGGCUCCCAGAUACACAUUAUUGAAGAGCUACAGCUAUUUGAGGACCCUCAGCCAGUUGAAAACUUAGCCAUCUCCAAGAAGAAAAAACUGCUGUUUGCUGGAUCUCGUAGUCAGGUUGUUCAGGUGCCGUUUGCAGACUGUGAGAAGUACAGAAGCUGUGUGGAUUGCAUCUUGGCAAGGGACCCAUACUGUGCCUGGACAAAGUGGGGAUGCAUGAGCGUUGAUGAAUCACCUGGAUUUCUUGAAAUGGUACAGGAUGUUGGUUUUGCUGAUGUCACGCUGUGUCGUCAUCCUCCAGGUGUGGUGAAAAUCAAGAACCUGACUGUUGUAGCUGGCACUACCAUCCUUUUGCCAUGCCAACUCAUCUCCAACCUGGCUGUGCCCAAGUGGAAAUUUGAAGAGCAAGAUCUUGCUGACGUAUCUUACGACAACUAUGAAGUCCAGUCCACAUCUCUGUUAAUAUCAGACAUACAGAUUCAACAAGGUGGCAUUUAUUUGUGUUUCUCUUUUGAGAAACAUGAGCCAUAUUUGGUGGGAAAAUACUUGCUCAAUGUGGUACCCAAUCCUGCCAUGACACUGGAAAGCAAAGCAGCAGUGAGCAAUUUUGGAUUGGUUUGGCUUAGUGUGUUUGUCCUGGGAGUGGUUUGCCUCUGCUUGCUGGGAGCAGUUAUCUACCUGAACCGCAAGCUUCGGGAGCGGCUGGAGAAACCAGAGGUGACCAAGGAAGUAGAGUGUGUUCAUGCUUACCCGACAGAGCGUAUCCUGCCAAAAGAGAUUCCCAAGGGUACCAAGUUCAUACCUAGUCAGACAUCAAACUCUGAUGAAAAGCUGUGGGAGUCACCUUCAUAUUAUUACUCUGAUGGCUCCCUGAAAAUUGUACCUGGCCAUGCCCUGUGCCAGAAUGGGAGCUCACCAUCUCACAAUGGCACUGCUAAUGGAAUUCCUGGACAGCCCCUACCCACGGCUGUCCAGUCACCCACCCGUCUCAAUCUGGCAAACAUUCGUGGUGCAAAUACAAAUGGUUAUAUCCGACUGCAUCUAGGAGAGGAUGGUGUGGACCCGUUCUCUGAAGAAUUAAGGAAGAAGUUGAAGCAACGUCAGAUGUUGCCUGAUGCGAAUCCAGAGGAGUCCUCGGUGUGAGCAAUGGUUGGAUUUCCACUUGGCAUAAGGCUACCUCAUCUUUUGUGUAAAUAGGACAAAUGAUAAACAAACACUGAAUUAUGGCGUCAAUGAAGACUAUGUAUAUACUCUGCAAGAUACAACCUGCUUUGAAAAGAUUAACAAAUCAGAUUGCGUACUGCAGAAAUGCCCAAAACGUAAUGCAUUAACUUAACGCAAUGUCUAUAUACACUGUACUGACCAUCUUUGUCACCAGACUUGGUGUUAAACCGUGAACAGGAUGAGUGACUCCCCAAAUGAGGGUCUGUUUGCUGCUUUGUGGUGAUUGGUGUGAUUCACAGUGGCUGCUGCAGUAUCACGUAAGUUAAAUGUAACAACUUGUUGAGGGUUUUGUUGAAUUGGCCCUAAAUCUAAUAGUUUUCAUAAAGUGAAAGCAUGAAGAUGAAGUUGUCGUCAAGUCUUCAGCUAGUCUUGCUGUUAAUUGGGUCAGGACUGGCUGAGAUUACUGAUUUUGAAAUGAACUGCCAACAAGAGACUAGGACCCAUGGACACAGCCUUAGAAUUAGAGGGGGCAAAUUCAGAACAGAAAUGCGAAGAUGUUUCUGCAGCCAGAGAGUGGUGGGCCUGUGGAAUUCAUUGCAUUCUUCAGCCAGAGUGCAGUGGAGGCCGGGACGCUAAAUGUCUUCAAGGCAGAGAUUGUGACAUUGUGACAUUAAGAAUUUAAGGGCUAUGGGGAGAAUGUGGGUUAGUGGAGUUGACAUGCCCAUCAGCCAUGAUUGAAUGGUGGAGUGGACUCGAUGGGCCGAAUGGCCUUACUUCCACUCCUAUGUCUUAAUGGUGAGCUUUUGAGGUUCAGAGCAGUGGUUGUCUGCUUUGUGUCACUAUUGGUGUGAGUACAAGUGAACUCACCUGGUGUGUUCAACUCCCAUCUGUGGGUUAUUUGGGGGGUGGUAGUUCAACUAUGUGGAUUAUUCAUGUCCAGGCUGAUUUGUUCUAGUUGCAGUCUUUUUCUGUAAUCUGAUCACCAUGACUAUGUGAUCAUAUUGAACUGAUGAAGCAGAGUAGUUUAGAAACAGACUGGAAGUUCUGUUUCCAAUUAUGUGCUUUCUCUGAAUCAUGAAACAAUGUGUUUAAUGCUUGUGAUAACUGUCUGCAUUGGUUAUGUCUACCCAUGUUAUGUUGUGUAUCCAUGGAUUCUGUUGCUGCAUCUUAUGGUAUGUUCCUCAUCUAAUUCUGCUCCAUUUUUUUCUGAGUUGAAUUUAGGAGUGGACCAGAAGCGGCUGCAGUGAAGCUAACAGAUUAUUCUUGGUGUUAAAGUUCAAAGAUGGGCAUUGCGCUGAGUCAAAAUCGUCGCAGUGUGAAGACCACAGCAUGUGAUGCUGAAACAAAUGGUUAUUUUCACACCACAAGGUUAUUGGUUCUCUUGAUUUGGGAAUGAAGUGAGUGGUCUGUUAGUGGGGUCUUCUGAUUAUCACCUGCUCAGGGUGCCUUGCUGGGUGAUCUUGUUAGAAUGCCCACCAGUUGCUGCUCAUUGGUGUCAAGGACAAGUGCAACUUUGAUACAUAGUUCCAGAAUAGAGACAACCUUAUGGCUUUUUCAUCAGUUUCAUGUAGAGUUGGCUGGGUUUUUGUCUAAGUGCACACAGAAUUUUCGAAACAACUCAACUGCAAAGAUUUUAGGUGGUCUGUGUACAAACCUAUCCAGGAUUUGGUUUGAGACGUGUUUGAAAACCACAUUUGAUUUGGUUACAAAGUGCAUGUUUGACAGACAGUGCUGAGGUUUCAGUCAGUGAUGAGUGGUUGUCAAAUGGUAACCAGUCAUGGAGACCUUCAUGGGAAUUGGACAGGUAUAGAAUGAGGAGCAUAAUUCUUGGUUAGAUAUUGUUUGCUUAUAGUCAGUGGCCAAUGCUGAACUUUGGUGAAGAUGUUAGGCAAGUAAUGCUCUUGAAGAGAAUCAUGGUGGCAGUGUGAUCAGAGGUUUAGGAUGGAUAGCAAGUUCAUUGGACAACCAUUGCAGCUGUGUUUUGAUUGCAGUGUACAUAUUGUAAAUCUGCAUAUUGUUGUGAACACUACAAAGUUUCUGGUCUAUGAUUUGAGGUUUGGUAUAAUGAUUGGAAUGAGGGAAAAGCAUGUGUUCAAAUGUGGUAAGGGAAGAAUGCAGGGUGUAGUUCAGAGGGCAGAUGUGUGGAGAGUGCGCAACAGUUAAUGGCAUAGGUGUAUGUUAUAGAAAUGUGAAGUUAGUUGGUUGGUGGAAGAGGAAUUCAGUGCAUUAGGUUCACCCAACUGUUCAAUUGGUGUGUCCAAGAGGGACCUGCUCUUGUGUCCUUGUUGGGGGAAGGAAUCAUGAGCAAAGAGUUGUGAAUUUUUGUUAGCACAUUGUGCAAGAUGUGCUGGCCUCUGAAGUUCCUCACUUGUACUUUAAAAUGUAAGUUAUUGAGCUCAGCAUGUAAUUUAAGUCUUGUACAGUCUAAAAUAUUUAAAAUAUUUUUAUAACAAUUUUAAAAGGAUUAAAAAUAAAUGAUACACUGUAUUCAAUAA